GAGGUCCGAGAUAUAAUGGAGCCGAGCGCGACGAAAAAUGGUCAAAGUGUGAGAAACGUGGACACGGUCGUUUCUCGUUCGAAUUUUUGGAGAAAAAUGGAAAGUGAAGCAACGAAGGAGAAUGAAACGUACGAGGUCGAAGAAGUGUUUCACAAAGAAAGUGUUGGAACCGAUAAAAAUUAUAAACACGAGUAUCUUUGGACACACAUAGUGGCUCAUAGUAUUCUUCAAAUUGGAUGGUUAAUUGGAAUCUAUACCACGUUUGUCUAUGCUAAAGCGGCCACCAUUUUAUGGGCGGUUUUCGUUGGAUUUUUGGCGGGUCAAGGAGUAGGGAUCGGGGCGCACCGUGGCUACUCUCAUAAAUGCUUCAAAUCGACCCUUCCUUUAAAAGUGGCUCUACUCGUCUGCCAAACAAUGGCAGGCCAGAAUAGUAUGUUCACUUGGUCGAGAGAUCACAGAGUUCAUCACAAAUACAGCGAUACUGAUCUAGAUCCUCAUAACGCAAACCGAGGAUUGUUCUUCUCCCAUAUAGGCUGGAUGAUGGCUAAAAAACAUCCAUUACUGAGAAAAAAACAGAUGGAAAUUGACGUUGAAGAUUUAUUGCAGGACAAACUGCUCAUGUUUCAGCACAAGUACUUCGUCUAUUUAUAUGUUCUAUUGGCAGUAAUAAUUCCAGUGGGAGUGCCAAUAUAUUUUUGGAACGAAUCUCUCUGGUCUUCACUUUUCACGGUUUACUUCUUUCCAUAUGUCACUAAUUUACAUUCUACUUGGUCUACUAAUUCAUUUGCUCAUCAUUUCGGAAGGAAACCCUACGACUCGAGGAUCAGAGCAACCGAUUCUCCGAUUUCCUCGAUCCUGACAAUGGGCGAAGGUUGGCACAAUUUCCAUCACGCUUUCCCAUGGGAUUAUCGGAUGGGACGAAAGUUUAGCCUGAGCGCCUCAUUGCUCGACCUGCUCGCGUAUCUCGGGCUGGCGUACGAUCUCAAGAUCGCAGCGCCCAACGUUAUUCAAGGGCACAUGAAGAGGCAUGGAGAUAAAAUUGGCCAACAAAUGGUCAAGGAAGUAAUCGAAUCAACGCGGCUGCGAAAGGAUGCGAACGAGAGUAUACGUUCCAUGUGAAUCGGCUUUAAUCCAAACGAGAUCUGAUUCUUUUAUUCCAUCAAACCAGUGAUUCUCAAUUCUUCUUUUUUUUUUUUUAUUUGAAAAAAUAUUUAAUAAGUAAAUAUAUUUUAUGUAUUAAGAAACAU